GACCAGUAGCUAUUAUCACAUUGCAUCACGCGCCAGAGGCAGCUCGAAUUCAGCCGUUCCAAUCCGGCCGAGUGUCUGACUUCCCGGGGUUCACCAUUGUGCCACGAGGAAUACUACUCGGUCGCUGGUACUAUCAUCUGGCAUUCAUAUAAAAGGCAUCCUUACCUCCACUAAGUCACCAGGGGUUCGGGACGGUUCCCCGAUAGAGACAUAAUGUUGGGCGUUUGUAGGCGCAAACCGGGUCACCAGCGUGCUUCGCUAGGGAUUGAGUUACAUAGCACAUAACACUGCAACCGGCUAGCGGAGCACCGGCUCGGGAAAGGAAGCUCUACUCUGAUAUGGGGGAUGCGCGCAGCGUCGGUGGAGGGCAUAGCAACGAGCUUAUCGCAGGACUUUACCCGCGCCCUGCAAUACUAGCACCAUCAGAUGCUACAGACCGUCGUGUGUCUAAGCCCCCAUGGAGUAGCGAGGAAUUUUUGCUAUUGGCGCGAUGGCACGCCGAAAUGGGCUCCCGAUGGGCGGCUAUAGCCAAACUCCUGCCCGGCCGGACCGAGAGCGAUGUGAAGAACCUCUUUUACGGGACGCAGCGAGCCAAACGGGCGCCUCGCAGCCAGUUCCUGUUCUUCUACGUGCAGGCCCUGGGGCCUCCCGACAGCCGCGGCGCAGACGACCACGCCACCCGCCAGGCCGCCUUCGCCGCGGCCAAGUUCGCUCUGGAGGCGGGGCAGCUGCGGCUGGAGGGGGCGGUGGAGCCGGAGGUGGUGCAGCGACUGCUGGGUCCGCCGGGCCCCGGCACGAGCCUGCGGCAGGCGGCGGCGGCGGCCGGCGGCGACGGCUCCGUUGACUUGCCGCCCAUCAAUGAAUGGCUCACCUCCGCCGCCGCCGCCGCCGCCGCGGCCGCCGCCGCCGCGGCCGUGGCAGAGCGCGCCGACCCCGCUGCCGCCGCGGCCGCGGCGGCCGCCGCUGCUGCAGCGGCGAGGGCCGAGUGUGGCGGCGGCGGUGGUGGCGGCGCCGCUACCGCUGGGGUCAGGGGGCAGGCGCCGGCAGGGUUCCGGUCCGUGGCGGGGUCAGGAAUGGACGGAGAGGCGGGGGCGGCGCUGGUGGCUGCGGCUGCGGCUGCGGCGACGGCGGCGGCGAUUGCGUCGCGUGGCGGCGGAAGGGCAGCCGCCCCCGCGGGAGGGGCGGCGAAGCCUGGCAGUGGUUGCGGAGGUGGUGGGGGUGGCGCGUUGCCGCUAGCGGUCGCCGGCGGCGGCCUGGCGACCCGGAACCCGCGUGCGCUGCCGCCUCGCCGGAUCCAGUUGAUGCCUGAGGAUGCGGCAGCGGCAGGCGCGGCGAUGGUUGCGGCGGCUGCCCCUCCGGCUGUAGCAGCAGCAGCAGCGGCGGCGGCGGCAGAGGGAGGCCGGGGCGAGGCUGGGUGGUCUGAGCCUCCCUUACCCGCUGCCGCAGCGGCGGCUGCCGGAAUGGACAUGGCUGGCGCCGCCGACUCCCCCAGCUCCUCCGCCUCCGCCUCCGCCACCAUUGGUGGCAUACCUGCUGGAGCAGGCUGCCACCGCCCCGGCGCCGGGCGGGGGCUUGACCGCUUGGCUGCUGUAGCUGCGGCUGCGGCGGCUGCAUACGCGUCCUCGCGUGCACCUAUGACCCUUGACCUCAGCCGCACCGCGCCGCUGAACCUAAUGAUGGAUUUGAACCUGGGGGGCCGAGGAGGAGGAGGACGAGGAGAAGGAGGAGGGGGAGGAGCGGACAGCGAUGGCAGCCCCGCUGGUGGCGGAGGUUGCGCCGCGCGCGCGCCGCCGCUGCGCAGCGGCGGGUCACAGGCGGGACCCGUUGGCUAUGCAGCAGCCGGCGCGCCUGCGCCGGGCGACGGCGGGCCGCCGUCGGCAUCGGCAUCGGCAGUGGCGGCAGCGGCGGCGGCGGCUCGGGCGGGGCGCAGCGGUCGACAUGGCCAGCCGCUGCCUUCGUUUGACGACGGCCCCGACACUGGCGCUGGCACUGUGAGGGGGCAGCCGACGGCCGGCGGCGGCGGUGGCGCACCUGAUCAGUGGCCGGCAGGUGGCGGCGGUGAGUCGCCGCAGGGGCGGGCGCGGGACCCGCCGCCGCAUUCGGAUGAGGCAGACUGGGGCAACGGCAAUGGCAAUGGCGGCAGCGGAGGCGGAGGCGGUGGCGGCGGUGGAGGCGGCGGCGGCGGUGGCGGCGGUGGCGGCGGUGGCGGCGGUGGUGGCGGUGGCGGCGGCUGGCGCCACAGCCGCGCGCCGCAUGGCCCGGGCGUGAGUGGCCCUGGGCGUCACCACCAGCACCACCAGCACCACCAGCAUUCCGAGUCGCCAUCGGCCACCUCCCUGACUGGCUCCCUGGUCCGACUGGACCUGUCUGGGCAGCAGCCUGCAGAGCCGCACCACCCGCACCAGCACCACCAGCAGCACCAGCAACCACACCGGCAGCAGCACCAGCAACCACGCCAGCAGCCGCAGCCGCAGCGGGACUCGCCGCAGCGGGACUCGCCGCAGGCGCAGUCCUGGCCUGCCGCGCGCUUGCUGGGCGAAGGGCCGCAAGGGCUGGACGCUAGCCCCAGCGCACAGGCCGGGUCGGGUGGCGGCGGCGGCGGCGGCGGCGGCGUGGGUCAGGAUUCGGGUGGACCCAACUCGGGCCCUGCUUCGGGCGGGCCCGGGUCCAAGCGUCUGCCGCCCAUGUUGUUGCAGCACGGCCCGAUGGCGGCGGCGGCCCUGAGCGACGGUGGCUUUGGCGGCGGCGGCGGCGGCGGCGGCGGAAGUGCGGGUGAUACGCCGGUGCCGGCACACAUGCGCAAUGACGGCGGCGGUGGAAGGCAGCAGUAUGGGGAGCGGCAGGCGCCGCCCUCGCAGUCGCAGCCGCUGCCAGCGCGUGUGGCGGCUGGUGCGGCCGCUGCCGCUGCCGCGUUUGGUGCGGAAGGCAGGCGCGAGCAAUGCGUUGGACAUCCGCAUCCGCAGCAACAGCACCCGCACCAGCAGCAGGGGCCGGGCAAGACGUGGACGGAUGACGAGACGCGGCGGGUGAUGGAGGCGGCGCGGCGGCUGCACAAGCGGCAGGCGUGGGAGGAUGAGAUGGUCACGGCAGGCGUGGGCGAGCGGCGGCGGCAGCCGCCACCCGGUUCCCAGUGCGGUGCAGGAGGCGUGAGCGAGGGCGGGGAAUGGGCGGGGCAGGCGGGUGCGGAGGGAUCAAGGGCCAACUACUCUGGCUGCCGGGCGGGGGCGGGGCCUCCAAGCGCCGCAGCCGCCAUUGGCGGCAGUCGCGAAGGCGUCGGCGGUGGUGCGUGGGAGCGGCGGCCGCCGGGCGGCUUGGGUCCCUCCUUUGGCCGGCCGGGCCCCUAUGGCCCCAUGUCGGCAGAUGUACUGAUGGCGCCUGCUGAUGCUACAGCUGGUGCUGCUGCUACAGCUGGCGCUGCUGCUACAGCCAUGCCUCGCCGGGGCGUGGCCACGGUGGGCGGCUAUGACGAGCGCAUGGGCGAGUGCGACGACCGCCAGGGCUGUAGCACCGCUGUGGCGUAUCGGGCACUGCAACAGCCGCAACAGCCGCAACAGCAGCAGCAGCCGCAGGCGCAGUACAGGGCGCAGCACAGGACGCAGCAGGCGGCCAUGCAACAGCAGCAGCCGCAGCAGCAACAGCAUUCGCAGCAGCAGCAGCAGCAAGGUGCAUGGGGCCGCGGCUAUGGCUCCCCGGGUGGCCGGCCCUCACCUCUGGCGCGGACCGCGGCGGCGCACGGCGCGCAACCGCAACCGCAACAGCAUCAGCAACACCGACCGCCGAGCUUGCACACAGCAUCCAUACUUGAGGGACAUGCCGAGCCGCCACCGUGCGGCUCGGGUACACCGUACGACAGGCCCGCGGGAGUUGCACGCGCGUCAAUGGACGGCGCCGUACCCCGUACAAUGCCGUACGGCGACGGUCCUGCCUCCGCCCCGCCCGACCAUAUCCGCUACCGCUACAGCCCGCACGCCACGGCCCCUGGCGGCAGCGGCGGCGGGGUCGGCGGCGGCGGCGGCGCCGCCGCCACCCGCUACAGCCACGGCGCUGUGACGGUUAAGCAGGAGCCGGCGCCGUACACUGAAGCCGAGGACCGCCUGUACAGCAGCUCCUACAACUGCCAACAACCGCCGCUGGCGGAGCCACUAAUCGCCGCCGGGCAGCAGCAGCAAGAGCCGGUGCCGCAGCGUUACCCGCAGGAGCAGCAGCAGCAGCAACAGCCGCAGCGUCGCCAACCAUACACCAGUACUGCUACUUGCGCCGGGCGGCGGCACGCACAUGCGCCCUACGGGGCACCAAACAGCGGUCCUGAGGGACCCUGCACCGCCCCCUCAGCCUACGGUGCCGGCAACGGCGACGACGGUGACUACCUGCCGCCACGCACCGUCAGCGUCGCCCACCUCGCACCUUCCGACCCCGAAACCGCCGACGCCGGCAGUUUCGUGCUGUACCGCACCGCGCCAGGCUCUGGUCGAGAGCACGCUGUAGUACCACCACCACCGCACCCAAAGCCGCCGCCGCCCGGGUCCGCAGCGGCGGCGCUCAUGGCGGCGGCGGCGGCGGCGAUGGCCGCCAACCCAUACAACAGCAGCGGGCCCAGCAGUGGCCCUAGCACGGGCCGCUCCGUGGCGCCGCAAUCGGGCCGGGGUGCGGCCUGUGCGGAUGCGGUGGCGGCGCCGGCGGCGCACCCGCCAGCCUACUAUGCUGAGGAAGAGGAGGAGCAGGAGGAGGAUCAGUGGAUCGCGCGUCCGCCGCACCAGCAGCACCAGCAGCACCAGCAGCCCGGCCUUUAUGGGCGUGCGGAUGCGCCCCGCGGCCCGCCUUCAGGGGCUGCUGGUGCCUAUGCGCCGCAGCAGCGCCAGCACCACCACCACCACCAGCGGCCGCCGCAGCGGCAGCAGCACCACCACCACCAGCAGGCGCACCAGCAGCCCAUGCCGAGGCAGGGGUCUUACGGACCGCCACCACAGCAGCAGCCGGCGGCAGAGGGGCGCGGCGAGUGGGUGCUCCGUGACCGCCGGCCGUCGCAGCAACCGAAUCCGUCACCCUUCCGCAGAGACCCGUACGGCGAGCCACCGUUUCAGGACGUGCCCAGUGGCGGUGGCGGUGGCGGCGGCGGCUGGGACGCCGCGGCUGACGGCGCUGAGGAGGAGUAUCCCGAGGAGGUCGUGGCGGAGUCCCAGCCUAACCUGGCGCCGCCGCUGCCACGUGCAGCUUCAGCGGCGGCGGUGCCAGAUGCAUACGAGGCGCAGCGUCACAGCCAGGAGCGCGCCGGCUACUGCUCCGCAAACGCGGCGCGGUACGCGAACGCCGGGCGUCAAGCGGCGCAGCGCUGCCCACAACAGCAGCAGCAACAACAGCAGGCUUACUGGCCGGCAGCGCCGCCGCCGGCACAGCAGCAGCAGAGCCACGGGCCAAGCCGCUUCCAGUUCCGAGACCCGAACGGGUACAGCGGCUACCCGUGCGAUCUGGAUCCAACCGGCCUACAGCCGCCGCAGCGGCAACCGCAACCGCCGCCGCCGCCGCCACAGCAGUUGCGACCGUACGCCUCCGCACCGCAGCCGCAACCGCCGCACCAACCGCCACAACAGCAUCAGACCGAACCGCAAGUGUACAUCAAGCAGCAACCGUACGACGAGGUUGACGAGGACUACGGACGUCCCGUACGGCCCACGGGACACUUCGUGCAUGCCCAGUCGGGCUCAAUGCCAUCUGGCGGCGGCGGCGGCGGCGGCGUGCCCUAUGCCCCCGUGUCCUAUCGCGACGGGAAUGACUAUGCGCCGCCAGGCGAAGCCGGAAAUGGCAGCGGAGGAGGAGGCGGAGUCGGCCGCUACCCGCCGCCGGUGCGGCCAUGGCACGUCCCGGUGCCGCUGCCGCUGGCGCAGGCCGAAGCGGAGCGCGGGCGCUACCAGCCGCCGGGUGGCAGCCGGCAGCGCUGCUACGAAGACGAUUACAUGGUGAUCGACGGACCCGCAUCCGCGCCGCCGCGCACAUACGCGGCGGCGGCGCCGGCGGCGCCAUCUUCCGGGCCGUGGGCGGCCACCGGCGGCGGCGGCGGCCUGGCGGCGGCGGCGGCGGCUCGGUCGCGACCCAUAGCUCUGGGCUCUGCGCCAUGGCCUUCGCAGCCGCCGCCGCCGCCGCUGUAUGAGGUGGAGGAAGUGGUGGCUGAGUCCUCGGUGGCAGGGGACUUGGCGCCGCCGCCGCCACCAGGGCCGCGGUCGGCGCAGGCGUUCGGCCGGUCGUCGUGGCGCGGCGUUGAAGGCGCUGCUGCAGGUGGUGGUGGCAGGUCCGGUGAGUACCCGUCCGCUGCCGCGGCUGUCGGUGCCAGCCAUGGCACCGGCUGUGGUGGUGACGGCGCCGGCGGCGGCUGCUGCGGCGGCUAUCCUGGAUCCUACGCGGGCGAUGGCGAGGGUUCUGGGAUGGUGAUGGACGUUGCGCCGCCAGCGGCGACGGCUGAUACUGAGGAUGAUUACAACGGGGACGGCUACGGCCGACCGCAGCACCGCCGCUACCACGCGCCGCGCCCAGACGCUGAGCAGCAGUUGGCGGCCGCUGCUCAGCACAGCCGCCCGCAACCUCAGUACCGGCAGUCGCACCAGCAGCAGCACCCGCACCAGCCGUACACGCAGCACCAGCAGAGGGCAGCGCGCGCGCCAGCGGGAGCACCGCCGCCGGCUCAGCAUCCCUACCAGCAACACCAACACCAACACCCGCACCACCACCCGCAACCGCACUCGCAGCAGCAGCCGCAGCAGCAGUAUCAGCAGCACGAGCUGCAGCAAUACCGUCCGGUUAACGACGGCCGCUUUGGCGACGGUGACGACUGCGGCGCCUCCGAGCUCGACCGCAGUAGCCUGUGAUUACAGGUGUGGUGACCUGUGACUGGCUUGAAGUCAGCGGCGGUGUGAUUUAAGGGUGGCGCGAUCUGUUGCCUCAUGUCUUUCCACUAAAUUGGCUCACGGCUGGGGUUGUUACAUGGUCCCGGAGUAGAAGCGCCCAGUUGGGUGAGGCCGGCACUCGAGGACUCGUCCUGUGGGUGUCAGGGUGGUUUGUGCUGUGCGGCUGUGAUGAUCUCGGGCAUGGACGCUUGCAGUCAGAUGUGGGGCUCGUGUCGUGUGUCGGUGGAGCGGUGUGGAGGCCGCCGUGGCGGACGCGAACCACACACAGGUGCACAUGCUGGGGAAUUCCUGCAUACUGCCGCGUUCCCGAAACAAUGCCGCCACCUUGGUGAUUGGCAUGUUGCGCCCCUGCCAAGCAGCUCAGCCUGUACCGGCUGGGACUGAUAGUUAUUGGGUUUGUUGUUUUGUGUACAUUGCCUGUCGGCUGUGUAGCCGCGUGCGUUCGGCCUCGCACCGCACUUCGCACCUGCAGUAGCUAGCACAGUUCGCUGUGGACAGCUGACGGCCCACAGCAAAGCACUUGACGAUUGCGGCUGCUUUUAAGCGGCAUUGGAUUGUUGCUGCUCUCAUACGAGCGCGCCCCUCACGUACAUAAGGGCGCGCAGUGUCAACGUUUUAUACGGCAUCGGGGGGCGGGGGGCGUGCUCGUCUGCUUCAUUCUUACCAUGGGUUUUAUACGUGAUAGUAGGUAGGGCCUGGGCGGGCAUAGCGCCUGCCUUCGGCAUUGCGCUCUACUUUCCUUCGCCACCUGUGCAGGGCCUCGGAUAGCGGCGGCAGGAUUCCAUGGCUGGCUGGUAGGCGGGAAGGAAACACAAUGCAAAACCGCAAAUGUAUAGCUACGGUAAUUAGGUUGGCUGAGCACUUUGUCACUUUUUCGCGGAUGACGUAAUUGGUAGCUUAGGAGUUCUGUGAGGUUGUUGACGGCUGAGGCGUGGGGCGUUGUGUUGUUGGCUGGGCGCAGUGUUUGUGUUGGUGAGGGCCAGCGGCUUGUAGGCAGUGAUUGUGAUUGUGACACGGCAACUGGUGUGAUGCCAACAGGUCCAAGCCGACCCUGUACGUACCGGGGUUAGUGGGGUGCAAACGACUUCGGAGGGGUGGAUGAAGGUACAUUGAUCACAAUUUCUGUGGGGCUGGACCCGUUGGCUUUGCCCUGUGCGCUGCACACUCUCUGCUGCAGGCGAUGGCGGCACAGGCGCCUUGCCGUACAUUGUGAGCUGCCGCAACACGCACACAAACACAAUUAUUUGACAACAGAUCAACCAAUAAGCUAGCAUCACAGGGGCGCCAGUGCCUGCCUGCUUUGGUGCGCUGUGUUGCACAAACCAGCACGGCAGCAGGCUGCUGCGGUGGCAUAUGUAUGGCAUGGUUGUUGUGUGUGCCUACCUAACAGCACUGAUGGUGGGGGUGGGGUGGGGGUGGUGGGUGGGGGUGGCAGGAGAUCUUGGCCUGGCUCAGGGAAAGGGGGGGCGACUGUAACAUGGGCUGUGUGCCUGAGUCAUGUAUGCACGGGUCGGCACGACGGCACGCACUGUUGCAAGCGGUGUUGAGAGGGAGCGCCGUUGUGCGUGUGUGGGCGGCCAAACAUGCGCUCAGGAUCCAAGCGGACCUGCAGGUUGCUCGUAUGUUGUCAACCACAUAUGAUUGUGGCUUGCGUGGGAAAGCUCAAACAGGGAUGACACCGCUACAUGGAACGCGUGUGCGUUGUGCAGGGGCAUCGGCGCGGACGGCGCAUUAAACCUUGGCUCAACCCAACAGAUUGCGUGAAUGCGUUUACCUGUUAAGGUGUCUGAGGCUCUGGCUCUGGCCCCAGAAUGUACUGUAGGGAGCAUUGCACGUUGGAACCUACGGGUGGCUUCUGAAAUUCAUAGCCGGUUGCGUGCCAUGCGUUUUGGUACCUUGCACCCUUGCC